AUGACGAGCAGCCCCUUCGAUAUGUUUGAUAAUACUAGCCUGGACGUACUUGAUGAUCCUUUUGAAGUGAUUGAAGAGUCAGAAUCGGAUAAAUAUUAUCGUAUUAUGAGACAAACUUCGACGUUCCGAAACACCAUGGACAUCAUAAAAUUCUUCCUGUGCAUAGGAGUUAUCAUCAUUGACAUAUAUUUGAUAGUAAUUAUUUCUAGAAACAAAAAACUGAAAGAAACUAGAACCAAUAAAUACGUGAUGCACUACGCAAUAUUCAAUAUAUUACAAUUUGUUAGUUUACCGUUUUUUGAAUUCACUAUAGAAAUUUUUGGUCUUUGGAGGUUCUUCUCUUGGCAUGUUUAUUGUUUAUUUGGACAAAUGCAAGAUGUAUACAUAGUGGGUAUGUUCCUUUGUUGCUUAGCGCUUACUUCAGAAUGGAUAAUAACAGUGUAUUACAAUCCAAAUGUUAGGCGGGUUAUACUUAGUAAAAUAUUGAACUACUCUAUUUUAUUUAUAUAUUGUAUUUGUUUUCAAUUUUGGAUUUUAAACGUAAUCUUAUGUUAUUAUUCGAUUUAUGUAAUAACCAUUUUACUAAAUAGUAUAUUAUAUUUUUGUCUUGUUAUCUUCGUUUUGGUUUGUAAUUGUUUGAAAAUUAAGGUUAAGAAUCCGUCCAACAAAAAAAUGUAUUCGCUUACCAUUGCAACCGUUAUGAUACUGACUUGGUUACCACUGUAUAUUUAUCAUUUUUGUGCAGGGUUUUUUGAUGCAUAUACGUUCAGAUUAUUUAUAUUAUUGACAUUCUUUAUACCAGAAUAUCUAGCGUAUGGAAGUCCCAUAAUCGUUAUUGUACUAUUAGCUAAACUAAAUAAAUAUUAUAAAGUAGCUUUUACGAAAACAUGUAACAAAUCGGUUCAAGAAUAUACCGGCGAUGAUGAAUACUUCGACGAAUCUGAAAAUGAAGUGAAAGAAAACGUUAAUUCUUUAGCUAGCCAUGCGACACUUUUAUAA